AUGAUCUUUGACGCCAAUGGUGUGCGCCCAGAUCCUGAGAAGAUCAGAGCAAUCAAGGAGUUGCCUCGACCCCAAAACGUCGCUGAGGUUCGUUCCUUAUUAGGCAUGAUGAACCACCUCGCAAGGUUUGUUCCUGAUGCUGCGUCUAUAUCUGCGCCUUUACGCAGCCUCCUAAACAAAGACAGCGACUGCUGUUGGGGAACUCAACAAGAGGAAGCUUUUGAGAAGAUCAAGACUACUCUCAGCUCUAACAGAUGUCUGGCAAGGUACAACCCCAUGUACUCGACAAUCGUUUCGGCGGACGCGUCACUUCGCAAGGACUUGGCGCUGUACCACUCCAGGAUCAGCCAUCUGGCGAAAGGCGUCCAGUAG